CUCGCACAGAGUCUCCGACACGACGCACCCUCGCGCCCACAGCCAAGUGUGCAGUGAUAAUCAUCGAGGGAAGAGUGUGUGACUAUAGUUCGGCGUGUGCAAGUUUCCACUAGAUUUAAUUCCACAAUGACUUCAAUGUGCCGGAUGCUAUUCUUCAUCAUGGUCUCGGCGGCGGUCUUUCUCCACUCGUCACACUGCGGCCCGGCCAGAUCCAUUGCCCUGGCGGCGUCCAGAGCCGCCAAGAUUCCCCGCUCCAUCCGGGCACCCUUCCGCAACACAGAGAUGAUGACUGCUCGCGGCUUCGGCAAAAGAGCCCAGAUGAUAAAACUGAAAGAAGGAGCAGUUCCAUGGGGUUAUGGCAAGAGGGAGACACACUUCCUGGACGAAAUGGUGGAGAAUCAGGAUCCAUUUGAGCAAAUUGUCACUGACAAUUCCAUUGAGAGCUUUCCCAUCGAUUGGUUUGUCAACGAAAUGGUGAACAAUCCAAUUCUCACCAAGUCCAUUCUGAGGCGCUUCGUGGACACAGACAAGGAUGGCAUCCUGACAGCUCACGAGCUCCUGGCCGGCGCUUCUCUGUCACCACACCAGCUGGACAGUAAUGUGUAUUGAGGCCAGGAUCUGGUCGCUCCUUGGGGAGAAGAUCUCUUCACUAAAUCAAGUGUAAAUGUAUAAAAGAGAACCGUAUUCAAACACUAACAGAAACUCUUCGUUAUUGGAAUAAAUUAAAAGUCUAUUAGCAAUAUAACAUGUUAGUUAAUAAACACUCACAACAGACGAAGACACUUGGAAUUGUUAGCUAUGAGAUAAAUUGUAUUUAAUUUCCCUGUCGACAUUCAGUUUGUAACUCUCCAUUCCGCAAUUUCUCCUCCUCUCUGGGGUGUUUUCGCCGGAAACACCCUCACGAGACUAAUUUGGUUAUGAAUAGUUGCUAAUUUUAUUUCACCUUUUCUCACUGCAUCGCUCAGGGCUGGUGAGCAAUGCAGUCUGGAAAGGUGUUUUCCUUUUCUUUUUUUCCAUACGAAUGAGGAAUGUAUUGUAAGGUAAAAUGUCGAGUUCUGUUGAUUAAUCUUUCAAAGUAAUAUUAUAAAACUUAAUAAUAACAGUUUGGCAAAUAAACACGAAAAUGUUUCGUUCUAUUUAUUAUUUUUGCUGGAUCACAAAUUACUGUGAAACUGUGUUGAAAUCAAGUGGAAAAAUUGCUCAAAUUCUAUUUACAUCUAUUAUCAUAUAA